GUCGUUUUACAGUGUCUUAUAGACUAUGGAUUUGAAUAAUCUUUAUAUUUUUACAAUUGAGUUAUCAUGUUAUAAAAUUGUGUGCGGAAAGUUAUGUUGUCACAGUAUUCUUCGACAUGGCAACGCUAACCGCUCUGGCUCUCCUCCUAUUUGCAGGCAUUGCCUGUGGGACACCGGCCUCACGUAUCUCGGGAGGCACAGAGGCAUCUGUCGAGGAUUUCCCUUCCAUCGUCCAAGUGGAGUUCCUGGGCACAGCUUCAGGCAUCUGGUCGCAAUCCUGUGGAGGACACAUCCUGACUGCUCGCUAUAUACUGUCCGCUGCCCACUGCUUCCAUGGAAUCUUCUACGACCCCAAAAACCGUCGGAUCAGGGCUGGCUCCUCAGACCGCAACACCGGCGGUAUCGUUGCCUACGUCGAUGUGGAGAUCAACCACCCAACCUACGGUGCCAGUGACAUGGACGGUGACAUCUCCGUGGUCCGGCUCCUGACCUCUUUGGUGUACAGUCCCGUUGUACAACAGGGUCCCAUCAUCAUUGAUGGAUUUGUCCUUCCUUACCGCCUGCCUGUUACCCUUGCUGGUUGGGGCGCUACUGAGGUCGGAGGCUUAGCUUCACCCAAACUUAUGGCGGCUAGCGUAGAAAUCCUGGAGACAGAAGCCUGUCAAGACGUUUAUGGAGCUCUGUCCAUUCCUCGGGAGGUCACUGACAACAUGAUCUGUUCCAGACUUACAGAGGAUAAUGCUGGAGACGCCUGUCCUGGUGACUUCGGAGGUCCUUUGUACUAUGAUGACAUCCUCGUCGGUGUCCUGUCCUGGGCUGAAGGUUGUGGCUCCAACUCCUUACCCGCUGUCAGCACUCGUGUAGCCUCUUAUACUAACUGGAUUAUUGAGGCCGCUGUCUAAGGAAUUUCUGAUCAAGGAAUAUGUUCAGCUGAACAUAUUUUUGCAUGUUUUAUUUAUACACGAUUAAAGUUAUUUUGUAUAAAAAUGUA